AGUGUAGUUCUGGUGCAGUUUUAGUGCAGCGAAAAAAACCAGACCUAAUGUAAUUAAUCGUAAAAACGUGACAUGCUUUUGAAAUUAACGGGUUUUUUUAUCGACCAUAUCUGACAGCCUUUAUCGACGGGUCUGAAAGUACGGACCAAUCAGGCUCCCGAGUGGCUAAUCAUUUGUUAAUCGCUGUUCAGCUGAGUGCUAUGUAUCAAAACAAGAAUGAUUUAAUAAACGAAUGAAUUGUUUCUCCGUCUGUUAAUAUUAAGUAUUGUUCAACAUCGAAAAGAUGCAGGAUUUAUACUAUUUUAGUAUCACAGUGUCUGCGAUUAUUGUGUUACUUGCCACGUUCAUUCUAGUUGUGUUUCAAAGUAUCGUUUGGAUGCUCAUUGUGGUCGGUAUCUACGGGAUCGCCAGUUUUUACACCGUACAACUGUUGCAAAUCAUCAACGGUUUAUUGACGAGAUUUAAUAUCACGAGCAACAAAUUCAUCACAAAGAACGAGGCCGAGGAUCUGUGCAGUGUUUGCAGUAAUGUCUGUAAGAGGCAUAAAUUAUUGCCACAUUCAACGAAGGUCAAAGUACCGAAGGAUUUUGAUCACGCUUUGGAGCAGCUUCUGGAAGAAAUACUGCAGAUUUAUGUCUGCACCUGGUACUCGGAUUUCUCAGCCAACGAAGCUUUUAUACAACAGCUACGUUUAGCCAUAACGACAGCAGCCAAGAACAUCGCUGGCAGAUUAUUACGUGCGGAUACAGCGACCAUCAUUUUCCACGAUCUAAUUCCCUUGGCUGUAAAACAUGCCUGGGACUGGAAUAUGCUCAGCAAAAAGUGCAAGUACAACUGCAAGUCUGAAAUUAGAAUGCCUCGGGAUUAUAUCGGAAGUUAUCUUGGUUCAAAGAUUCAUCCAGCUGCUUAUUCGAGAAAAGCUGAGUUGAAUUACUUGCGAGGAUUGGUCACCGCGCUAUUGCCACAUUUAUUGCCUGCCAUACACGUCUCAACGAAUAACAAAGUAAUACUACGUGAAAUAUUGUCAAAUUGGGUGCUAUUACCGGCGAUCGAUGCACUGGCAGACCCAGAGAAUAUAAAUAUGUUGGUGACAUUGUCCACGCACCGUGACACUUCUCUGUCAGACGCCGCGGAAACCAUUAGCGUGCCGAUGUUGCAAUCCUGGGUCACGGUUCCAGCGAUGCAUCCGCACAUCGCGCAGAAUUGCUUCAAGCAAUCUCUGGACGAAGUUUUGAACAAUCCUGAACUGUUGUACAUGUUCAUGCAACAUAUUAAAGAAACGGGACCUAUGAAUCUCCUUCAGUUUUGUCUAGAUAUUGACGAUCUCAGCAAACGCAUGUUAAAUCCGGAAAUGUCGAGCAACGCUGAGGAAACUUUAUAUGUAGACGUUCAAACUAUGUACACGGUAUAUCUCGACCCUGAUGGCCCUGAAUACCUAUACUUACCAUUGCACAUAUCGAAAGGCAUACAACAGAUAUUAGAAGGCGGGCCAGGGAAGAUUCAAGAAUUACGGACUUCGCGACCUUUUUAUGAAGCCCAUCAAGAGGCACACGCACUUUUAGAGAGUACCUGUUUACCAUCGUUCCAUCACAGUUAUCAAUUGUACAAAUACUUGUGCGGCCACUUGGUGUCCGAACAGACGAAGGCUAUCGCAACCAACGUGAGCGGAAACGCGUCUACUCCCGUACGAUUUACCAAUCAGUUCGGCAAAGUCGACGGUGUUCUGCGUACGUCGACGAUGGACGGCGCUCCUUUCCAGUUGCAGGACGCCUAUCCGGUCGAAGAAGUGGAUUGCACGGCUCGAGCGUACAAUGAGAUCAAGGGCUUCGGCGACAAGAGUCAUCGGGAUUUGACGACCUGGCGAGUCGCCAUUCCACACGUGGACGGCGGCGGCACGCAGCCGGUGUACAUGAUUGCGGUGCACAGCGUAGCGGAGGCCAAGUCGUGGACGGUCCUGCGGCAAGAUCAGGACUUCUACACACUGCGGACGCGGCUCACCGAGUUCCACGGCGACAAGGAGCUGAACGAUUCGCCGUUGCCGUCGCGCAAAAACCCCCAUUCGUCCCUGACGACCAAUCGUCAGCGUUACGAGGAGUUCCUGCAGAAGUUGCUGUCGAAACCGAUGUUGCGGAGCAGCGAGCUCCUCUACACUUUCCUCACGACGACUAACCUGAAGCCGUACUACGCCAACUACAGCACACCCGACAUCGGCAUCCUCUACCAGAGCAUGACUUACAAGUUGCGCAAGGAGAAGGGACAACACCUCGACAAGUUCAUGAGCACCUUCCUGGCGUCCACGUACACAAAGUACGAGCACAUGGACAUGGGCGUCGAGCCGUCGAGCGAGCACAAUCUCAGCGAGGCGGAAAACAGGGAGAGGAAGCUGCUGGACGGGGUGUUCGGCAAUAAUCUGAAUCUACCGGUCGCCUUCCAGAACUUCCCGUGCAGCCUGCCGCAGCGCGAUCACGUGAAAGGUGCCAGCCUGUGCAUCGUGGAGGCCGUCGACGGUCUACUGGGUGGACCUCCGGUGAUUUCGCAACUCUUGUGGAUCUUCGGCUCCUUGUCGCGUAAGCGGGUGGAUCCCGCUGUGAACACGAUGUUCUACAACAUGCUGGUGAAACUUCUGAGCGGCGGCCGCGCUGCCAUUGUCGUCAAGCUUUUGCACGCGAAGAUAGUCGGCGAGAAGAGUUACAUGAAAGACUUCUCCUCGCAAGGGAGGGAUUACUACGACACCGCCAAGGAGGGACUGCAUUCCUUGCUGCCGUGGUGGCUCAUGGAGUUCUCCACGCUUUGGAGCAAGCUGAUGGAUUCUCUGCUGGAUCCUUUGCAGAACGCGCCGUUCAACAAACACCUGGCGUACUUUCUCCUGGAUCAUCUCCUGGUGAAUCUAUUCCCGGAACUGACAGCGUAGCAUACUUAAAUUAUAAAAAGGAAUCAACACUUGUACAUAAUCUUGUAAGGCGAAACCAGUACGUUUAGAUACUUCAUUUUGCGUGUAUUUCAUGUAAUUUACUUCGUAAAUAAAAGUUCCUAUUGAGUUCUGUUAA